CGCAAGGACCACAACCCGUCUGAGAAACAACACCAGACUAAACCGACAUGAACAGAUUACCACCACUUCGCUCACCUGACCUCAGUUCCCAAAUCUCUCUCUCCAUUCUUGAAACCCUAAUUCUAAUCCCAACCCUAAGCACCAAAGAUUCACCAAUUACCGGGCAUCGUCGUGUAUAGAAAAAUUAAUGGAGACUCACACGGACCACAAUCUAUUUGAGAGGCGACCCAUCACCAAGUCAAAGUCUCCUGCUGUCAAAUGGUUCAAAGAAUGGGUGCCCCAAGAUGUUGUUGCAACUGGUGGGAAGUGUUUGAUCAUGAAAUGGGUCACAGAGUCAACAUUGAAGGCCAUGAAAGAGAAGGAGGUCAAAGAGCCGGAGGUUGCAGCAGAGCCAGAACCAGAGCCAACUACUGAAGUUCUUUUCCUUUGUAGCUUUGAAGGCUGUGGAAAGACGUUCAUUGAUGCUGGAGCUUUGAGGAAGCAUUCUCACAUCCAUGGGGAGAGACAAUAUGUUUGUCAUUAUGAGAAUUGCGGAAAGAAAUUUUUGGAUAGUUCAAAGCUGAAAAGACACUUUCUCAUUCAUACAGGGGAGAGAGAUUUUGUCUGCCCUCAUGAAGGCUGUGGUAAGGCUUUCUCAUUGGAUUUCAACCUAAGGUCACACAUGAAAACCCAUUCACAAGAGAAUUAUCAUAUCUGCCCUUAUCCAGACUGUGGAAAGAGAUAUGCUCACGAGUAUAAAUUAAAGAAUCACAUCAUGUCGCACCAUGAAAAGUUACAUCAAAACUUCCCACAGAACAUGGUGGAGGUGCCAAAGUAUGCCCAGCCUGCAGAGAAGGUUUCUAAAACUCCAAAAUCUACUGCUGCGUCUUAUGGCUCUGGAUCAUCUGACCGUCCUUACUCCUGUCCGUAUGAAGGGUGUGAAAAGGCCUACAUUCACGAAUACAAGCUGAACCUUCAUUUGAGGAGAGAGCACCCUGGUCACUUCCCAGAGGACAAUGCUAAGAAUGCCCAACCUAAUGUUGAUAAUGAGAUGGAUGAAGCGAGCGACCAAGACGCUUAUGCUGGAAAACGUGGAAAUGGCAAAAGUCAAAAACAGAGCAAGCCCAAGCCAAACUUGAAGAUGCCUCCUGCAAAAAGUGCUCGCAAAGGCUCAAGUGCAUCUCCUGCCAAUAUAAGCGUUGUGAAAAAACCAUGGCCGGUUAAAGAAGUAUACGAGGAAGAAGAUAGUGAAGAAACUGAAGAGGACCGUGAUAAUGUUGAGGAUGGGUGGAGGUACGCGGAGAAUAAUGAGGAUGAUGAUGAAGAAACAGAGUAUGAGGACUAAGAUUAAGCGUGGUACUCUCCAUUUGUCCCCUUCCCCUCUUCAUUUUUUUGUAUUUUUACGAGAACUUCUUUUACUCCUUUUAGGAACAACAGUUGAAUCACUUCCUUAAUAUAAAGUAGUCUAUUUGAAGCUUCUAGUGCAA